AUGAACGAGCAACCGCCCGAUUAUGACGAAGCCAUGGGGUCCGCAUCGCCCACGGCCGCCGAGAUGGAAGCCCAAGCCCCGCUAAAGGGUCAGGAUACGCGCCUGGCCCUGAUAUCGUUCUCCUGGACAGACCGCAUUCGUCUCUUGCGCUUCCCAGAACCAAUCGGGGCUCUUGUAUCCGAAGCUCUGGGCCAGCAUUGGCCAAAGGGCAUCCAGAGCGUCAAACCAUACGAGGAAAGUUUGGAGAUCAAGUUACGUGGGAACCCCUUCGCCCAUGGACAGGACGACGAGAAGAUUGCAAUCCGGAUGUCGGUGAUGGGGAUUUUGCAAUCGCUGGCGAGGGAAGGAUGGAUCGUUCGUCCCAACCGGCUGGGACGCAUGGGGAAUUACAAUCAGUGGGGACAGAAAGACAGUUUGAUAUUUGAUCUAAAGGAACCGCGGGACGCAUCUUGGCUCUGUAUUUCAUUCGAUUCUCAAGAUCUUGUCCAUCUGAUUAACGCGUCCACGGAUCUGGCGACGGCGCUGAUUUCCAAAUUCGGGGACGAGGUUGAGAAGUGCAACAAGGAUUUUGUGUCUGGCAUCUUUGAAGUCAAAUUCAAAAACGCGCCGUGGGGACAGCCGAGUCCAAAGGGAUCAGUGAGGAGCAGGAUCAUUGUCCUGGAUUUAAUCCAGUGCCUGGAGGAGCGGGGAUACAAGAUGGGCACAAGCUUGGACUUUGACAAUGGCUCGGGAGGGUCGUCUUACCAGAGCACUGGUGAGACCUGGUUUUGGUAUCGCUGA